ACGGACGGAGAGGAGGAGGGCCGGCCCGAGCGUCGGCCGCUUCCCCAGCCCGGGGCCCUGGGUCCCGCGCCAGAAUACAGUCGCUUUGAAUCCAAAAUCCACGACUUGCGAGAGCAAAUGAUGAGCAGUAGCAUGAGCUCGGGGUCUGGCUCCCUUCGCACCAGUGAGAAGAGGUCUCUCUACGUCCGGGCUUUGUUUGAUUAUGACCGGACCCGGGACAGCUGUCUGCCAAGCCAGGGGCUCAGCUUCUCUUAUGGUGACAUUCUGCAUGUCAUUAAUGCUUCUGAUGAUGAGUGGUGGCAGGCCAGACUGGUCACCCCCCACGGAGAGAGUGAACAAAUUGGCGUGAUCCCUAGCAAGAAGAGGGUGGAAAAGAAAGAACGAGCCCGAUUAAAAACCGUCAAGUUCCACGCCAGGACAGGGAUGAUUGAGGCUAACAGGUCGAUCAAAACGAAACGUAAAAAGAGUUUUCGCCUCUCUCGAAAGUUUCCAUUUUACAAGAGCAAAGAGAACGUGACCCAGGAGAGCAACGGACAGGAACAGCAUUGGCGUUUGGGGACUGUGCCGUGUGACCUCUCAGUGGUGUGUUCUCAAUUGGAGUCUCUUUCUGGUUGGCUUGCAGAGGGCGUGACAUCCCACACCAGUGACAGCGAAAGCAGUUCCAAAGGACAGGAGGACACAAUUUUAUCCUAUGAGCCAGUGACACGGCAAGAAAUUCAUUACGCGAGGCCAGUGAUCAUCCUGGGCCCCAUGAAGGACCGAGUCAACGACGACCUGAUUUCUGAGUUCCCACAUAAAUUUGGAUCCUGCGUACCACACACCACUCGGCCUCGAAGAGAAAAUGAGGUGGACGGUCAGGACUAUCACUUUGUGGCGUCCCGGGAGCAGAUGGAAAAAGACAUCCAGGAGAACAAGUUCAUAGAAGCGGGGCAGUUCAACGACAAUCUCUACGGCACCAGCAUUCAGUCAGUCCGAGCUGUGGCGGAGAGGGGGAAGCACUGCAUCUUAGAUGUGUCUGGCAAUGCCAUCAAGCGGCUGCAGCAAGCCCAGCUUUACCCCGUUGCUGUUUUCAUCAAGCCCAAGUCUGUGGAAGCCCUCGUGGAAAUGAACCGAAGACAGACGUAUGAACAAGCAAACAAGAUCUUUGACAAGGCCAUGAAGCUCGAGCAGGAGUUUGGCGAGUAUUUCACAGCCAUCGUACAGGGCGACUCACUGGAGGAAAUUUAUAACAAAAUCAAACAGAUUAUCGAGGACCAGUCUGGGCACUACAUUUGGGUCCCAUCCCCCGAAAAACUCUGAAGACCAUCGCCGCCCCUCGCCUCCUCCCAGCCCUUCCCCCCAAACCAUUGUGAGCAAAGCCCAAGCCCCCUCCUUCCUCCUCCUUCCUGUCCCUCCGGGGAGAACAAAUGACUACUGUUCCUGUCCCCUUUUUUAGAUCUGUUGCAAAAUUGAGUUUUCUAGUCCUGUUUCUUUUUGUUGGGAUGAUGUCAUCUCGCUCAUCACGUGACUGUGCCCAUUCCUGCAUGGACCUUCCCAGGAGCAGCUCAGGCGCCACUCCAUCAGGCAUUGUUUUUCUUUACAAACCAAGCAGCAGAGAAGAAGGCUGAUGGAUUGUCAAUAGACUCAGGAUAGAAAACCUGGAUUUUGAAAUUGGGCUCCACGUGACAACGAGCUCCCAGGGCAUUUCUCCUACAUCUGUGUCACUGUCUUGAAGCUCUGAACAGUGUGAUGUAAAUGGCAACUGAAAGCAUCUUAUUUAUAUGUAUAUGUAAUUUAUAUAAAAUAUAUAGAAAUUAUUAUAUAUAUAUAUAUAUAUUAUCCACCAACAUAAUAUAUAUAUAUAUAUAUAUAUGUACACACACACACACACAAAACCUGGACUAGAAAACCCUUUAGGGACUUUACUGACGGUACUGAAGGAUCUCUUAACUUUCCGACACCCAAAGUCAUUGAUAGAAAAUGGUACAAAACACGGUGGAUGCUCCGUGUGCUCAUCCAUCCUCCUGAGAGCCAAGCUUUGUUGUCUCUUCCGCAGGCGGGGGUGGGGUCAGGCUGACCCCCACCAGACUUGUUUGCAUGGAAGUUUCCUUUUGUUUGUUUUCGGCUGCUCUAAAACCAAAACCACAUCGUGCUCCUUGCUGUAUCCGCUUUUUCACGAUUUCGGACGUCACCUUUGCUAACUGAGCAUCUCGUUGUACAAUGUUGUGAGGCCAGUAUAAGGCCAGGCCCUGGGGGCCGAUGUUUAGCUGCCAAUGACUCAGAAGGCUCCCAGGGGCUCGUGGGGGUGAGAUAAUGGAGCAGGGAGCUGUUCUUUCCCCUUUUGUACUGGGGCAGUGAAGAAGUAGCUCUGACUAUUUAGGACCUGAAAGGUUCAACACUCCACUAAGCCUUUAUUCCACCCCCUCACCAGCAGCUGCUUAGCUUACUGUUACUUUGGGAGGAAAGUAGACUCAAAUUGGGCACAUUUGAGCUGCAGAGCUACAUCCAUGUAAUAGUGAGAAAUCAAGCCUCCUUGCUUUUCCCCAGGGCAUACGCCCACAACUGCCGUCAGCGGCAGCAACAGCAGCAGAAGCCCUUUCCUGAUAGGCCUGACCAGAGCAAAACAAAAAGCACAGACAGGGCUCUAUCCCUAUUCUCCCCCUAAAGGCCAGGUGCCUGGCUAAGGUAGGUAACCUUGCCAUGUCUUACUCUUACCCACUGUGGACUGGUGAUACAGGGAAGAUGUGGGAGUGUCUGGGCCCCAGAGCUGGUGCACUGUACCCUACUUUCCUGGCCCAUGGCAGCUGGAACACUGUAAAUACCCCCCCCCCCCCCCAGUACUUAAGACAGUUAGGAACUCCUAGCCAAAUUUCGGAAACAUAUUAAACUGUUAUUCUACCAGCAACAUAGACUAGCUGUCCAAGGCUGGGGUGCCAGGGGAAAGGAAUAGCAGCUUUGCCUGGGCACUGUACUGGGGCCGGGGAAGGGAGGGGUUAGCAUAGAAAGGCAGCUUCUUUGCUGCGACCUACAGUGAAUUUUCUGGGCACAGCUUGCUCCCUCCCAGAGAAGAAAGGCAAAGACUAAAAGUAACCUUGACAUGAGUUGGUUUACCACUGUUCCUUCCAAGGAGACGUAUAUUUUUUAAUAAACAAUAGUUGGCAAUGAA